AUGGGGGAAGGAAAGGAUAAAUAUGAACAGAUAGCAUGGAUAGGGGAAAUGGAAAGACACAUUGGCCUAUAUAUGGAGAACGAAGAAAUGGGAUUGGAGUUAGGAAGCAAAAGAGAUGGAUGGAAGCGAAGAAGAAGAGGAAAGAGAUGGCUGAACAAGAAGAAUAAGAAGAUGAUGAUAAAGAAGAAGAAGAGGACGAGGAGGAGUAAGAGGAUGAGGAAGAAGAAGAAGAAGAAGAAGAAGAUGAUGAUAAAGAAGAAGAAGAGGACGAGGAGGAGUAAGAGGAUGAGGAAGAAGAAGAAGAAGAAGAAGAAGGAGAAGGAGGAGAAGAAAAGGGAAAAGAAGAAGAAGGAGAAGCAGAUAGAGAGAGAGAUGUGA